AUGCCAAAGCCAGAUUUUAGUACAUUAACACAUAACGAAAAUGAUUCUUAUUCACAUCCGAUAACAAAGCUCGAAGAAAAACUUCAGAACAUUUUUGUUGAAGCAUUUCAUCUUGAAGCAUCUCCUGAUGUUAAUAUCUCUUUUGGCCGACUAGGCGGUACAUCACUCGGAGCUAUGCGAGCUCUUUCAUUCAUUCGACAAAAGAUUUAUUCCCAAAUGAAUAUUAAUCUUCUAUUUACAAAUCCAUCUGUUCGACAGCUUGCUAAAGUUCUUCAACCGCUGAUCACUGACAAUAAGCAUGAUUUACUCACAGAACCGAUAACAAAAGACGAGAAUGAAGCUUCUCGUCCAAUACCAUCAAUUAUCAGUGAAACCAUUGGGAUUCUAUUUCUAAUUACUCUCUGGAUCUUACCUAUUCUACUGAUCAUUUCUUCCUCUUCAAUAAUGCUUUUGUUCAUCGUUCCAUUCAUCCAUUUAUUUAGCUAUGUACUAUGUAAAAAUUUGCUAUUUCCAUUGGGCAUUGCAAAAAUGGAAGACGUACUCUUUUCAUCUAAAUAUUAUUACUGGUGGUUCCUACAACGCAUGUGGACUUUAAAUACUUUCUGGCUCAAUCAUUUACAAGGUACAUCAUUCUAUAAUGCCUAUCUACGUUUAUGUGGUUCUCGUAUUGGUCACCAUGCGAACAUUGACACAUCAUUUAUCGAUACACCAGAUCUUCUCGACGUAGGCGAUUCAACCUACGUUGGUGACGAAGCUGUUCUUUCUUCUCUUACCUAUUAUGAUCGUACCUUUAAACUGCAUACGAUUCGAAUCGGUUCGAACUGUUCAAUCGGUUGUCGAACUGUUCUGCAUAAUGGCGUCGAAAUCGAGGAACGAGUAGUGGUGAAAGCCAUGUCGCCUGUCACUGGUCAUAUUUCAAGUGGAUCGAUUAUCGACGGUCCAUCACAACAAAUUGAUAAAGAUCAAUCUGCAUCGGACAAUGAUAAUAAUGCACUCUCCAAAUCACAAGUAGUUUUUCAACUUAUUUCAAUUUUGGCUAUGUUAUCUGUUCACACUUGUUUCUUCACAUUGAUUUUUUCGUGUCUACCAUCGAUAAUCCCAUUAUUCAUUCGUCUAGCCAUCGUUUGGCUCGCUUGGUCCGUUGGUCGCCUGAUAUUAUGUGUCGUUCUUCUCAAAAUUAUCAUUGGUGAAGCACAACCAGGUAUAUAUCCUCUGAACUCGUGGUAUUUUUUACGCAAACUAUGGCUUCGUCAACUUGUUGUUCGAUCGUUGGCAUUUUCAUUCGUAUCCCAUAUGGGUCCUUAUCAUCUUUUGUUUCCUCGUCUUUUUCAGUGGCUCGGUGCUCAAAUCGAUGAACCGAAUGACAUCCGCAUAUCUCAAGCGCAUUUUUUACUCGCUUUUCCGACGAAUCUUGUUCACAUCGAACAAGGAGUUACAGUAAAUGGAUUCGUUCUAUUUAUUCCGUUCAAUGUGACAACAAAUGGCCAAUGUAAAGUAAAUCGCAUCCGACUCGGUCGCAAAGUUCAACUUGGCAAUCAUUGCACUGUUCAACCAGGAGCAAAUAUCGUUAAGCAAACGCUUGUUGGCACACUGACUCGUAUUGAUGAAGAGACGAAUGUUGUAACUGAUGAUGAUAAUGAUCGUAGUAGCGUUAUGCUUGGUAUUCCAGCUCGAUUGAUGCCUUUUCAACAACUUAGUCUACUGUCAAUGUCAACAAAUAAUAUUUCGCCAUCCAUUUACUCUGAUAUGGCGUGUACUAUUGGUAUUCGAUUUUUGGUCAAUGUAAUUCUAUCAUUUGUAUUGAUUUAUGAUCCGCUGUUACUAUUGAUCUAUUUUCUUGCGGCGGAACAUUUUAUUUCUGUAUUUUUCUAUGCAAUACCACGUGAACUCAGUUUGACUGAUCGUAUCAACCCCUGGCUAUAUCGAUUGACCACAGCUUUGACACUUGAUUUUUUUACUUUCAUCACCCCUCUUCUUGGUGGCACUCAAUGGUUGGUUAUUCUAUUGCGUCGUCUCAAAGCUAGUAUUGGUCAAGAUGUAGUCAUCGGUGAGAUCAAUGCAGUCGAGGAUUGGAAACAUGUCACUAUUGAAUCACAUGUUCGUGUGAGUGCAACGGCCAAAAUUCAGGUGAGAAAAUCUUGGUAA